GCAUCGUGCAUCCGAUGUUGAAUAAUCAAAGUUUGAAUAUCGUGCAUCAAAUGUCGAAUAAUCAAAGUUUCGGAAAUGCGAAAAAGUUAGAAUGUUCAUUAAACACGUAACGCCACUGCAGGAAGCAACGAGGAAGAGCUUCUGGUCGGCAGUGAUCACCACCAUCACUGUGUGUUCGUGUUUGUGUUCUGUCUGCAUAAUAUAAAAAGAAGAUUAUGCGAUCACAAUUGAGCUCAGACCACAUCACAACAACAACAACAAUGGAUCUUUAUCACGAUUUUCACGCAAUCAAGCCCACCAAGCUCGACUAUUUUGAUAACAUGUUCACUUAUCAAUCCAACUCCACCCUCCUCUCCUCUUUUCUGGAUGAUGAUUAUAGAUGGGCUUUGGUAUUAGAUUCCACCAUUUUUCACCCACAAGGUGGAGGCCAGCCUUGUGAUGUGGGGAUUAUUUCAGCUACCCAUUCUUCUUCUGAUUCUCCUGGUUUUAAAUUUGUAGUUCAAGAUGUUCGAUUGAAGGAUGGGAUUGUUUUCCAUUAUGGGUUCUUUGAGAUUUCGGAACCGAUUAAUGUUGAAUUAGGGGUUCCAGUGAGCUUGACAGUCGAUGAACCCAGGCGUAGACUCAAUUCUAGACUACACUCAGCUGGACAUCUGCUGGAUGUAUGUAUGAGAGAUGUGGGGUUAGGUCAUCUGGAGCCAGGCAAAGCCUACCACUUCCCUGAAGGGCCAUAUGUGGAAUAUAAAGGCUCAGUGCCUCAGGAUGAAUUGCAAAGUAAGCAAAAGGAGCUGGAGAAGGAAGCUAACAAUUUAAUAUCUAAGGGAGCAAUAAUAUCUGUUGCUACCUUACCGUAUGACGAAGCUUGUAAACUGUGUGGUGGCUGUCUUCCUGAUUAUAUUUCCAAGGAUAGCACUCCUCGAAUUGUGAGAAUUGGAGAUUAUCCUGGCUGCCCUUGUGGGGGAACACAUGUUUAUGAUAUUUCUGAGAUUUUGAGCAUUACGGUUUCACAACUCCGGACUAAAAAGGGACUUACAAAGGUUUUCUACAAUGUUGGAUCAUGGCCUGCUUCCGAAGCCGAGUCCUGAGUCUUAGAAGUUCGAGAUCUUACUAAAAAGUAGUACAGAUUUGAUGCUCAUGAGUGGAAUCAUAUAUUUAUCACCCGAAACGUGGCUGAGUCACACCCGAAGAAAAUUCUCUUUCGGGCCAUGGUUGUAUGCUGCAAGGGAGCUGUUUACUUUCACUGUCCAGGCACAAAACAAAUGAAUGAUCACAGAGUUUAAUUAUUCUUGCACUGUGGGACAUUGUUGAAUAUUUGAACUAAACUGGAAGAUGUAUGAAUCAGAUCCACUCACUUGCAAAACAUUUUGUUUUUA